UAUGUUUUGUGUUGUUUGCCUGUGGUGUUUGUCUUGUUGCUAGCAUUGCUGUGUUUUAAUGAACAGAAAACCUCAUGACAUGGGUGGGGGAUGGCUUCAAAAGGCCCCCUAACAAGCAUCUCUGCUGUUCGCCACUUAUAUGCCCCAUUGCUGUGCAGGGGAUGAGUGGGUGCAGGUCACAUGGUGCAAACAGGUCCCCUCCCCCUUGUCCAUUCCUCCAUUUCCUCCCCGCUGCAGGGCGAGCCAGCAGCAGAGGUAUCAUGGCCCAGAGGGGACCCCACCCAACACUGCUGCUGGUCUUGUUGGCCACGUGCCUGGCUCUGGCCAGCGGGGAGACGCGCUACGAGAAGUUCUUGAGGCAGCACGUCGAUUACCCAAGGACUGCCGCCCCGGACACCAGGACCUACUGCAACCAGAUGAUGCAGCGCAGGGGCAUGACCUCGCCAGUCUGCAAGUUCACCAACACCUUUGUCCAUGCCAGCGCCGCCAGCAUCACCACCAUCUGUGGCCCUGGGGGGGCCCCGGCGGGUGGGAACCUGCGAGACAGCACAGCCUCCUUCGCCCUCACCACCUGCCGGCUGCAGGGGGGAUCACAGAGACCGCCCUGCAACUACAACGGGGGCACCAGCACCCAACGCAUCCGCAUCGCCUGUGAUGGGGGGCUCCCUGUGCACUACGACAGAGCGAUAUAGCUUGGGCCCAUUGCACAGCACCGUCAGUCCCCCCAGACCCUGUUCCACUGAUGCCCCAGUGCCCACGAUACAGUAUAGCCGCCCCUUCCCCACCCCGCCCUCUGCUUCCCCCUAGUGCCCAUUAUACAGUAUAGCCGCCCCUUCC